UGUCAGUCAAAAUUUGAAUUAUCAAACUUAAUAAAGAAGGUGUCUUGACCUCAUAAAGUUAAACACACCAAUAGCUAUGCAAUCAAAAAAUGUACAAACAUAUAUAUAUAUGCUAUAUAUGAUGCAUCAUCAAAGUCUUGACUAUAUUAAAAAAAAUGUAUUGCUUUCUUCAUUAUCUCAUUAUCAGCAUAAUCCCAUGUUGUUUAACUAUUAUGGCUCAGAACAGCAAUGGCAAUGGCACUAUCAAAAUUGGUGCUACUCUCACAGCUGGUGAUAAGGUCUUCUCAUGACUUUCUCCUUCAGGUGAAUUUGCCUUUGGAUUUCACCAACUUCCUGACAAUAAAGACUUGUUCUUGCUAGCCAUAUGGUUCAACAAAUUACCUGAAAAAACACUUGUAUGGUAUGCUGACACUCCCAACAGUCCUAUCCCAAAGGGGUCCAAACUAGAGCUCACUGCAGACAGAGGCCUAUUGCUCACUGACCCUCGAAAUCAGGAGCUGUGGAAGUCUGGCACCAUUGUAAGUCAGGCAGAUAUGGCCAUUUUCAAUGAUACUGGUAACUUUGUUCUUUUCGACAGAAAAUUUGAGAAGAUAUGGGAAAGUUUUAACCAUCCUACUGACACUUUGUUACCAACACAAGUAUUGGAAAAGGGAGUUGUUGUGUCUUCAAGGGUAUCAUCUACAAACUUUUCUAGAGGAAGGUUUCAGCUCUCUUUGAAGACAGAUGGGAAAUUUGGUCUUUAUACCAUGAACUUGCCAUCUGAGCAUCUCAAUUCCAACUACUACACAAAGGAAACUACUAAUACUGGUAAGCAGCUAGUAUUUAAUGAAUCAGGUAGUUUGUAUAUACUGAGAGAGAAUAAUGAAAUGGAUAUGUUUAGUACAGAGAGUGCUUCUAUUGCAAAUUACUAUUAUAGAGCAACUCUUGAUUUUGAUGGUGUUUUUACCAAAUAUAGUUACCCCAAGAAUCCCACUAAGGAUAGUAAUUGGUCUGUUGUUUGGUCCAUACCAGAUAACAUAUGCUUACAGCGGUUUGCGUAUGGAAAUAGUGGGGUUUGUGGUUAUAAUAGAGUAUGUAGAUUGGAUCAAAAUAAGAGACCACUUUGUGAAUGCAUAAGAGGAUUUUCUCUAGUUGAUUCUAAUGAUGAGUAUAGAGGCUGCAAACCGAGUUUUCUUCAAAGUUGCGUGGAAGAUUCAAAGAGUUCAGCUGAGAGUCGUUACACAAUUGAAGAGAUGAAAGAUGUUGACUGGCCAUCAGGUGAUUAUGAGAUACUUCAGCCUUAUGAUAAAGAAAAAUGCAAAGAAGCAUGUUUGAGUGAUUGUACUUGCGCGAUUGCCAUUUAUAGGGAGAAUGGUUGUUGGAAGAAAAGGCUUCCUCUCAAUAAUGGGAAAUUUGACACCACUGCUGAGGCAAUAGCUUUCAUCAAAGUUAGGAAAUCUGAUUUUCCUCUUGAGAAUCCUUCUUCUUCUUCAUCUUCAUCUUCAUCUUCAAAGACAAAGAGCCAAAAUGUUUUGAUAAUUGCAGGCUCAGUCCUCUUAGGUACUUCUUUGUUUGUUAACUUUUUGUUGGUUGGGGGAGUUAGUUUGGGAUUCUUUUUCAUUUACAAGAAAAGGGUCACAAGGUCUCAGCAUGACAAAGAAGUUUCUCGUCUCAACUUAAGGUGUUUCACUUACAAAGAUCUCACCGACGCAACAGAUGACUUCAAGGAAGAAGUAGGAAGAGGUUCUUUUGGCAUUGUCUACAAAGGAACUUUGAAAGACACUAAUGAGCAAGUUGCAGUCAAGAAGCUUGAUCGAGCUUUUCAAGACAGCGAAAAGGAAUUCAAAGCUGAAGUGAAUGUGAUUGGUCAUAUACAUCAUAAGAAUCUUGUUCGAUUGGUUGGAUAUUGUGAAGAGGGGGAGCAAAGACUACUAGUGUAUGAGUUCAUGAGGAAUAGAGCUCUAGCAGGAUUUCUUUUCGGUGACAUAAGACCAAGUUGGAACCAAAGAAUCGAAAUAGCCAUGGGAGUUGCUAGAGGACUUUUAUACUUACAUGAAGAGUGUAGUACUCAGAUCAUCCACUGCGAUAUAAAGCCUCAAAACAUUCUUCUCGACGAGUCAUACAAUGCUCGAAUCGCAGACUUUGGAUUAGCAAAGCUAUUGUUGAUGAACCAGAGUCAUACUAACACUGCCAUUAGAGGGACAAAGGGAUAUGUGGCACCAGAAUGGUUUAGCAACAUGCCAAUCACAUUUAAAGUAGAUGUGUAUAGCUUUGGAGUGUUACUACUUGAGAUCAUUUGUUGUAGGAGAAAUGUUGAUAUUGAAAUUGGUGAUGAAGAAGAAGCAAUUUUAGUGUAUUGGGCUUAUGAUUGUUACAAAGAAGGAAGAAUGGAUGUAUUGGUUGGAAAUGACAUGGAGAUCAUUCAAGACAUGAAUAGCUUGGAAAGGGUUUUGAGAGUUGCAAUUUGGUGCAUUCAAGAAGACUCUUCUCUAAGACCUUCAAUGAAGAAGGUUAUGUUAAUGCUUGAAGGUAUUGCUCAAGUUCCUGCUCCACCAAAUCCUUUUGUGUUUGGUCCCAAUAAUUCAAGCUUCAUUUGAUUCCCUUGUUUUAUGAUCAUUAUGAUUGUAUGUAUUUUAUUUUAAUAAGUUCAUAGUUUCUAAUGGUAUGAAAUGUUGUGCUAUUUCUCUGUAAAAUCCCUUUUGACAAUUUAGUUGUCAAUAAUUUUUUAAUCAAUGUCUUCUAUUUAUAAUUGCGCUUUUU